CGAAGGGAGUAAUAUUUUGAUAUUCUAUUUUUUAAAAUCUUUCUCUUUCCAAAAAAAGUAACAUAAUAUCCACUUUUAUUUCUUCUGUUUUACUCGUAUUUUUCUUUUAAUUGCCUCUGUAUUGCUUGUCGAAUGGGAUAAUUUUCGACGCUACCCGGCUGAGCCCUUUAUUCGACGGCGACCGGCGACGAGCGUAUACCAACUUCUGGGCUGCCGUGCUGCGAAAUCAGGUGAUAAAAUAGUUGAAUCUUGAUGGGAUACAGAGAAAUGUUUAUUUCGAAGCUGUCAUUGACGACUUUGCUUCACAAUCCUCAGCAAGAAAUGUUUUCAAGGGCAUAAGUGUUUGUUUGAGAUCACGAGGAAUGGAAACUACAAUUGAUUGUAUGCAAUGGCUUGACACGGAUGUGACAGUGAACAUAUUUUUGUGCUUAAGUGAUUCAGCUGAUGUGGUUCAUGCCGGAGCUGUGUCACAUUUAUGGCGUCAGUUUAUGAUUGAAAAUGGGAUUUCCAAGCAAGUGUGUGAGAGAAAGUUUCCUCAACUUUCAAGCAUUGCACAUAUACCUGAACGAGGUUGUAGACCGUCUGAAUCAUCUGUUGGAUCUAGUAGUUCUGAAUUCGCGACCCUCAAGACAGAGCAUAAGGUUUAUGCUUCCUUACUUAAAGCUAUUGAGACAAUACUGGCAUCACCUCCAUCCGAGUUUAUUGAUCAUGCAAUUGGGGCUUCAAGUACAGACAAUUUCCCUCUUGAAAGUAUAAGUAAUACUUUAUAUCCAAGGGAUUCAUACGUGCGUAGGGCCUCAUAUUGGUCGAGUAAAGGACAGCGUAAUCCUGAUGUGCCCGAGACUUUAACAUACAAGUUAAAAGCCGACUUUGGUGUUGUGACUGAAUUUAGAAUACAACCGUUUGAAGCCUUCUUUCAACCUGGCAAUCCCAUAUACUCAGCAAAAUCUGUCCGGUUUCGAGUGGGCCAUCCCAAAUCCUCUACUGAAAUGUUGAGUUUGGAAUUGCCUACACAGCUGCCAGUUGAUGAUAAGUUUGUGUGGACCUACACUUCACAGGAUUUCCCAAUGAGUCAGGAGAACUGCUUGCAGGUGUUCAAGCUGCCUGAACCUAUUCUUUGCAUUGGUGGGUUUCUGCAGAUUGAGCUGAUGGGUAGGGUCCAGACACAAGAAGUGGAUGAACUGUUUUAUAUCUGUGUGAGCCAUGUUAAAGCAAUUGGCAGGCCCCUCUCCCCCGGAUUUGAAGUGCAGAUUCUUGAACAAUCCGGAAAGUUCUCAAUGACUUACAACCACGAAGCGUUCGAGUGCAUGCUGCAACCCAUGGCCGACGGGGAAGAAGAAGAAGCUUCUAGAGUGUUCUUCAACCAAGCGGAGGGACGUGUGGGUUUGUUGGGGUAUUUGUUGGGUAUUGGCAUUGAGCCAGAUGUCCCAGAUGAAAUGUAUCCAUGGGGCUAUGCUGAUGCUGAGACUGAUGAUGAUGAUGAUGAGAACAUAGCCAUCUGAUAUUAGCAAAUCUGAGCUGGAUUUUAACUUCAUGUAAAUGCAAGUUUUUAUAUUUAUGUGUGCUGCAGAAAAAAUGAUUUUACAUGAGUAAUGUGAACAGAAUGAAUUUUACAUCAAUAAUAGCGUGUGCUAAAGUAAUACGAGAAACGCUAGACUUACAAACAUUUUUAUCACAAAAUACACAAACUUACCAUUUGUGUAUUUAAAUGUUUACUUUUUAAUCAUUUGAUAUCAUUUUAUUCACUUGGUGAGAUGGACAAAUG